GAUUCAUUUAUUUUGUCACAUAAUUGUGUGUAUUCAAAACAAUGUCGCGUCCACGGUUUUUGACCUUUGAGGAACUAGUGAAUGAAGUACUGGAUGAGAGUGAAGAGGAUGAAGAUGUUUCCGAUCCUGAAACUGAAAUUGAAAGCAGUUCGUCUGAAAGCUGCUUACCUGAACCGGAUGACAUUAUUGGCAGUACUUCAGAAGCUGAUCCAAUGUAUAUAGCAAAAGAUGGUACUACUUGGCGUAGCGAGCCUUACGCCACUGGUCGAUUGGGGAGAGAAAAUAUCAUAAAUUUACGCCCAGGUGUAACAAGAUUUGCAUCCAGCCGGGUGAACAAUAUUCGGGAUUCAUUCCUACUACUUUUUCCGCCGUCACUAUCAAAAAUUGUUAUUGAUAACUCAAACUACUACGGAAAGUAUAUACAUGGGUCUAACCAUAUCGAAAUUUACGAGGAUUUAUUUCAUGCCUACUUGGCCGUAUUAUUGCUGGCCGGUGUAAAUAAGUAA